GCCCGGGGCCGGCGGCGCUCAGAGCCGGAUCGGCAGCUGCCCGGGGGCGAGUGGUGCAGAGCCGGCGCGCCGUCCUUUCUCCGGAGGCUUUGGUGGGGCAGCGGCGGCAGCAUGACUUCGGCGGCGCUGGAGAUUUUGGGACUGGGGCUGGGCAUCCUGGGCUGGGUGGGAGUGAUCCUGGCCUGCGGGCUGCCCAUGUGGCAGGUGUCGGCCUUCAUCGACGUGAACAUCGUGGUGGCGCAGACCAUCUGGGAGGGGCUGUGGAUGAACUGCGUGGUGCAGAGCACGGGGCAGAUGCAGUGCAAGGUGUACGACUCCAUCCUGGCGCUGCCGCCCGAGGUGCAGGCGGGCCGGGCGCUCACCGUCAUCGUGGCGCUGCUGGGGCUGGUGGCCCUGAUGGUGACCGUGGUGGGCGCGCAGUGCACCAACUGCAUCCGGCCCGGCAAGAUGAAGUCCCGCAUCGUGAUCGCCGGCGGGGCCAUCUACAUCCUCUGCGGGGUCCUGGUCCUCGUCCCGCUCUGCUGGUUCGCCAACAUCGUCAUCAGCGACUUCUACGACCCCACCGUGCCGCCGUCCCAGAAGCGGGAGAUGGGGGCCGCGCUCUACAUCGGCUGGGCGGCCACGGCCCUGCUGCUCUUCGGGGGCUGCCUCAUCUGCUGCUGCUCCUGCUCCCAGCGCGACGAGACCUCCUUCCCCGUCAAGUACUCGGCGCCGCGGCGGCCCACCUCCAACGGCGAGUACGACAAGAAGAACUACGUCUGAGCGGGGCCGCCCCGCUCCCCCGGCCCUGCGGGGACACGGACAGACGGCUGCGAGCCGGCGCUGCCGCGCUCCGCCGGCCGGCACUCGGCACCGCGCCGGGAGCGUCUGCGGUGAGCUCCGGCGCUCCCCUGCCUAGAGUCUCUUCUUAACGGGGACCCCCGUAAAGCGGCAGCCCUAGGCAGGGCAGCGCCCCGCCGACCGCCAGCCCGGCUCCCCGGCGGGUCUGGCCGCUCCGCUGCGGGCAGCGCCGCGCUCGGUGCCGCCGGAGACCCGGUACUCACCGCCCGCGGUGCCGGGGCGAGCAAAACCCUCCGCGGCCGCACAGCGCAGCCGAACCAGCGUCUCCCCGGCCCGGGGCAGCGGCGGGGAGAACCGAGGAGCCCGGGCGAGCCGCGGCGGCGUCUGCCGGGACGCCCCGUCCGGGCUCCGCCGCCGCCGCCGCCUGCCCGCCCGGCUCCCGGCCCUUCCCCGGUGUUACCCUGAGAGACUUGUGAGUACUUUCGCGCCCGCUCUUGCUGCUGGUGCCUCUCGGGGCAUCGCCUGGCUGGUGGGACCGGGCCAUCAGGUGUGCACUGUCGCCGAGGAGAAGCUUCCCUUCUUCCUUUUCUCUCCUGAGAACGUGCAUCUGGCUGUUCCUGCUGGGACUUUCACUGGUUAGGGGGUUUUUAUUCUUCUAGUCGGGCAACUAAACUAGGGAUUCUGUCUAAAGCGUGAUACUAACCUUGGUCCUUAAUCCCACAGGCAAGUAACUGUUUGGAGAAGGGUAUUUGAUUGUCUUGAUAAGCGCAUUCGUCUGUCUGUGCGUCUGAGACCUCUGAAAGGCAUUUCAGGUAGUUGCAGUCAUUCAGUGGAGUACAAACCAGAUUACACUAGGUGGCCCCUUGAGGUUCUUCAUCCCUUCUCCUUCAUCAGCUUCUAUUCUGUUUUUACUUGAAUAUGAACUCAUUGCCAGAAUUACCAGAGGACUAGAUUCAGAGAUUGCCAUCUUUGUAUGUCUGGCUCCAGCGGGGCAUCCCUCUGCAUCCUCUCAUCUGCACUACAGGAGACUGGAAACAUAAAAAUUGCCUCAGAUGUUGAUGGUUGGCGGUAUGGAUGGCUUUCAUGGCCUUCUUGCCAAGCCCCACUUGCUGCCAAUUUUGAAUUGUGUGUUCAGUUGGAUGUGCACUGGGUUGGCUCUUCACCAUAAUUUUGUUAACAUGUGCUUUCCUUCAUUUACCAAAUUGGGCAAAGAAAUCGCUAGGAGAGUUUUACCAAAUAUCUUGACUGAGACUUUAUGCAGGCUAAUCAGGAGAUCUGAAGUCAUGGGUCUCAGCUCUCAGCUCCUCCAUAUUGCACUGGUAACACUGUGCAGACUGGAAGGAAGAUGCUCUGGGUAACAGAACUCUCAUUUUCUGAGCUUGACACCUGCUAAAUAAACUUUGCCACAGCCUGGAAUAUUAGCAUACACCUUUCCAUUCUACACUGCAGAGACAAACUUUUUUAAAAGGAGGGGUUAAGGGGUGGUGCGAUACUUUUCCAUGAGAAUUGCUUGUACUUUUAAAUCAACACAGAAUUCUGCUACAAACCGUGGCAGCAUCUGUAUCGCCAUAAGAUUUCUGCCAAGAGUUAGCGAGGAAAUGUGCCGUUUAUAUUCCUCAAAGCACAACGCUACAGCCUCGUGGGUGCCUCACAACCACGUAGCAAUACAGUGCACACCUAACCUGAGCAUUAACUCUUACAACUUUCUGAUAACGCCGAGACUUAUGGACUAACCAUAACUGUGGGUUUGUGACAGAUUUACACCGACUGUAUUCUUGCCUUGCUUAGCAAGCUUAAAACCCCGGUGGUAUCAAUAUGUACACAGACCUGAAUAAAAGACUAAAGCCUUGCCCCUGGAAAUUUUGAUGUUGAAUAUUGAGCACGAUUCACCCUUUUAAAGAUAACUGCUUUUAUUUUUAAACACAUAAAUUGCAGGGUCUGAGCCCAUCAGAGAAUACAAAAGCAGAGCAAUAUGUCUAGAACUAGUGUUGUUCUAUAAAGAGGUGCAGUUCUUAUACUGUCUGCAUUUAAAUAAAAGCUAUAAUAUUGUUGUUAUGAUGUGAUAUGUAGUUUUGGUACAAGAAUGAAAUAUUCCGUAUUUCAUCAUUGCAACUUUUUUUUUAAACAAUGUAACCUUGUAAACUGUAAAUGUAUUUAAAUGCAUAUAUUUUGCAAGAAAUCUACCAAAGUUGGCUUGUUA